AUGGAGAAAGGCUGUAUACAUCUUGCUGUUGUACUUCUGCUGCUUCAGCAAAUGAGUUCUUGUUUGUCAAUCGCUAAUAUCACUACUGAUCAAACAGCACUUCUUGCCUUGCAAUCUCAAAUAUCUUUAUACGAUCCUCGCAAUGUCUUGGCAAGAAACUGGACUAUUUUCACCCCAGUCUGUAGUUGGAUUGGAGUCACUUGCGGCCUUCGCCACCAAAGAGUCACUGCCUUAAAUAUUGUUAGUAUGAACCUUAAAGGAAUGAUUCCACCACAGCUUGGAAAUCUCUCAUUUCUCAAUUCCCUCAAUAUCAGAAACAAUAGCUUCCAUGGAAGUUUGCCCAUGGAGUUAGCUCGUUUGAGGAGAUUGAAAAUGAUCAAUGCCAUGAGCAACAACUUUACUGGCGCAAUACCGUCAUUUUUAGGCUUGUUGCCAAACCUUCAGUCCUUGUACCUUGCGUUUAACCAGUUGUCUGGUAACAUCCCUCCUUCUCUUUUUAAUAUAACAAAGCUAAAGUACUUAAGACUACGAGGGAACAUUCUUGGUGGAGAAAUUCCUCGAGUUAUCAAUAGCCUUUGUUGCCUGAAUUUCAUAGAUCUUCAAGAUAAUAAGCUUACAGGAGCUAUACCACCAACUAUGUUUAACCAGUCAUCGCUUAAACAGAUUGGCCUGACAAAUAACAUUCUUUAUGGGAAACUACCGGGAAAUAUAUGUGACAAUCUUCCAAAUUUAGAGGUACUUGCUCUUUCCAAAAAUCGGUUUGACGGCUUGAUUCCACCAAAUCUGCAGAACUGCUCUAAACUUCAAAUAUUAUCAUUGUCUGCAAAUGAUUUCACUGGAACCAUACCAGCAGAGAUUGGGAACUUAACUAUGCUGACAUCUCUGCAACUUGGGCUUACCUACUUGAAAGUCACUUGUGUGCUAUUUCCUAAUUUGUCGGGUGAAAUACCAAGGGAGCUUGGAAAUCUUCAAAGACUCCAAAUAUUUGGAUUGUAUCAAAACAGGCUGAGUGGUUCAAUUCCAGCAAGCCUUUUCAACAUUUCAACCCUCCAGAUCUUGACAGUAGUGGAUUGCCAGCUGUCAGGGAGUCUACCGUCAAAUUUAGGCCAAGGGACACCAAAUCUCGAAGAAAUUUAUUUGGGAAUAAAUAAUCUCAGUGGAGUCUUCCCUGCGUCUAUUUCGAAUGCUUCAAGACUCACUGAUCUAGACCUUUCUAACAACAUGUUCUCAGGUUCUAUUCCUGAUUCCCUUGGUAAUUUAGAAUUGCUUGAACUUCUACAGUUAGGUCAAAAUUUGUUGAUCAACCAGAAUUUCUCUACAGAAUUAACCUUCCUGACUUCACUGACAAGAUGUAGAAAUCUGAGAGAACUGGUCAUUAGAGAUAACCCUUUAAAUGGCAUCCUUCCGGCUUCUAUUGGUAAUUUCUCCAGCUCUCUCAAAAUCUUCUCUGCAUCUAGGUGCAAACUCAGCAGCAUUGUACCAGAAGAAAUUGGAAACUUAACAGAUGUUUUAGGGAUAUCACUCUUUGGAAAUGACUUGACAGGGUUCAUUCCAAAAACUAUUGGAGGUUUGCAGAAGCUUCAAAUAUUUCUUAUUGAAAGUAACAUGUUAAGCGGGACUAUACCCGAUGAAAUUUGUUGUUUACAAAAUAUAGUCGACCUGAGUAUUAGGAAAAAUAAAAUUUCAGGUCCCUUGCCAUCCUGUUUGGGGAAUGUUACUACUUUGAGAAAUCUAUAUCUAGCUUCAAACAAGUUGAACUCCAGCUUACCUGAGAGGCUAUGGAGCCUUCAAGAUCUAUUG